CUGCUGCGCACCUCGCCACCGCCGCAUCCACCCCAUACUGACGCUCUCCUCCCUGUUUCUCCCUUGCUACCCUCCAAUUUUCGCUCUCUACCUGUGCCACAUCCCUCCUGUCACCCUCUGCCGUGCAUUUCUGCGCGCAUUUCCGCCGAUCUCGCCGCCGCCGUCGCCGCCACGCCCGCGCCUCGCACUGUGGUCCGUCGCGCGUGCUGAUAUCGCGUCGAUCUGGCGGUGCACCCGCGCCGCGCCCGCUACACACCGCGCCCGCCGCACUGCACCCGCCUGCUUCACCACCACCACCACCCAACAGUCAUGGCCCGCACCAAGCAGACCGCACGCAAGUCCACCGGAGGCAAGGCGCCCCGCAAGCAGCUCGCCACCAAGGCUGCCCGCAAGUCGGCACCCGCUGCCGGUGGUGUCAAGAAGCCCCACCGCUACAAGCCCGGUACCGUCGCGCUGCGUGAGAUCCGUCGCUACCAGAAGAGCACGGAGCUCCUCAUCCGCAAGCUGCCCUUCCAGCGUCUCGUCCGUGAGAUCGCGCAGGACUUCAAGACGGACCUGCGCUUCCAGUCGAGCGCCAUCGGCGCGCUCCAGGAGGCCAGCGAGGCCUACCUCGUCGGUCUGUUCGAGGACACCAACCUGGCUGCCAUCCACGCCAAGCGUGUCACGAUCCAGCCCAAGGACAUCGCCCUUGCGCGCCGUCUCCGCGGCGAGCGCUCGUAAACACGUCGCCACCAUGGCCUCGUUCUAGCGCUCUGUUCUCGUGUCUCGCUCCGCGCCGUCCAUUUACCUCUACCUUGUACCAUUACCCCUUGAUGUGAUCGUCUUGCCGCUGUGCUCUUGCGUGUCCACUGAGAGCGAACGCGAUCAAGCGUUCUGCUCUCGGCGAGGCACACAUCGCGCAGAGCACUGUACGCUCGACGAGCGCAUCAUGUAUCCAGACCUGCGACCAGCCGGCAUCGCCGCUGCGUCUUUCGCCGCCUCGCCUCUUCGGCGUGCGUCGCCCCCACCCCGUGUGGCCCCUAGCUCGUACGCAAUGCCACUCUCAUCG